CCUGAAAAGAAUUGCUUAUCGGAACUAGCGGCCCGUGCCCUUCGUCUCACGGUGCAGUCUAAGACGAUCCUCCAAAGAGCGACGAGGACUGUGGCUCGGUCUGCUCUGAGAUUACACGGCGGCGAAACAUGUCAAGGCCGUCUGUGCGGGGACCAAGAGCAAAGCAGAACACAACAGUCAUCACAUGUCCAACGGGUUAGUCGAGGGAAUGUCAAGGCGAGUGGUUUUUCGCCUGGCGUAUUCUUGGCGGCGCACAUUGUGGUGAGGUCCGGUCAAGCGGCAGUUGCACGUCGCUGUUGCCGCAGUCCACGAAAUGAGGUUUUGCCCGCCUACCCCAGAUGA